UUCCUUUGCCACUUAUCCCGCACAGCUGACCACGCUCCCCCUCGCUUGGUCUGCUCUGAGCUUCCCACCUAUCUAGGGUUUCUUGUAUUAUCUGCGCUCUUUACCGAUAUAUUUUCUCUUCAACCACCAGUAAAAGAUAGGUUCGAAGGGAGAGCAAGCAAGUUUUAGAUGGAACCCUAUUUUAUGCUUGAGCGAUUCCGCAAUGAUCGCCGGAAGCUUCUUGAAUUCAUCUUGUCGGCAGGGUUAAUCAAAGGUCCCUUGGGCGAUCCGCCGGAUUUAUCGGGCGUGGACUUGGACACUGUUAGUGCGGACUAUGUGCUUGAUUGCGUCAAAUCCGGCGGAGCUUUUGUUCCGAAGGAUGCUACAUCGAGACAUAAUAGCGGGCUGAAUUUGCCAAUUAUGAUAAGCGCACCAUCUGGAAACUCAUUCUUUCUUCUUUCCAGACCAGAUUUAUUAGGAUCUCCGCCUCAACGAGUUGCUCCUUUGGUGGGGGCAAAGACAACCAAUGAUCUUUUCUCAUGUUCAACAAGUUCGGUUGGCAUAGGAGUUAAGGUGCCCAUACCUGAGUCAAAAACAAGCAAUUUAGCUCCAACUACUAUACCUUCUGAACUAACGAAAGAUGUGAAAUUUUCCUUAGGCUUACCUUCUUUUCGUACAGGACUUUCUGAUGAUGAUAUGCGAGAAACUGCCUAUGAGGUGCUUCUUGCUUCUGUCGUACACUCUGGAGGACAUAAACCUUGCUUUGAGGAAAAAAAGAAAGAAAGAAAGUCCAAAUUUUUGAAGGGGCUGAGAUCUAGGAGGGAUGGUUCACAUUUUCAGUUGGAUGAUACCCGUUCUGACUUGAUGGAUACAAUACGUGGUCAAUUGGAGAUUUCGGAAGCAAUGGAUGCGUGGACUAAGAAAGGUUUAUUGAACUUUUGUUUGCGGUCUAUGCCCAAUCGUGCUGAUGUUCCGCAGAUAUCUUUGGAGCUCUUAGGUAGCCUUUCCAGAUCAGAUUUUCCCACUGAGAGGUUUUAUACACAAUGGCAGAGGAGACAGGUGGAUAUGCUCGAAGAACUGCUUGUAGAUCCAACUAACUCUGUUGCCAGUGAACAGCAAAUGCUCUCCUAUCUUCUCUCAAAUAUAAGGAACCUAGAGGAAUGGGCAAAUUUGUCUCAUGAGGUGCGCACUGAUACUCUGGAUUGGAUAGGAAAAUUCAUUUCUAGGAUGUCCAGUAUGCCUGAAAAAUUUGGUGUUUCAGAUGUUGCCUAUUAUUGGACAGGCAGUUAUUACUUUACUGUGAAACUUUAUGAGAAGUUACUCUGCAGUGUUUUUGAUAUACUAGAAGAUGGCCAGAUUGUAGAGGAAGCUGAAGAAAUCCUCGGUGUCCUGAGGAUGACUUGGUCCAUGUUAGGUAUCAAUCAAAUGAUGCAUGAUACUUUAUAUGGUUGGGCACUUUUUCAGCAGUUUGUCCGAACAGGUGAUGUUUUGCUGCUAAAAUACACAAUUGUGGAGGUUCAACAGAUUCUAUCUAAUAUACAUGGUGACAGUGAAGUGGCAGAUGUGAACGUUGUUUGUUCAGUUGAAGUCUUUGGUUAUAGAAAAGAUUUAAAUUUGGUAGAUGCUGUUCUUUUUAAUAUCUACUUAUGGUGUAGCACUCAACUAGAAGAUUAUCACCUUAAUUUUUCUGAGGGCGAUUCUCAGAUCUUCGAGGGCAUUCUGACGCUGGCAUUAAUCUCAGGUACAAGGUUUUCCAACGAAAUUAUUGAAACGAAGGUCUCUAACCCAUCACAUACUCAUCCAGAGGCUGAGACUGAAAAUGGAGAUACUUCCAAGUUAGUUCGUCUAUUUGUUGAGAGGUCCAUUCAACGAACAUGUCAGCGGGUCCAAGAUGCUUUGGAUGCCAAGUCUAAGAGGGAACAAAAGCACCCUUUGGCUCUAUUUGCGAAGGAAUUAAUUCUGUUUGCUGAGAAGGAGUACACUUUGUUUACCCCAAUAUUAUGUCUGCAGUACUCAAAUGCUGGGGUUGUUUUUUCUGUUAUCCUUCAUCAGUACUAUUGGGAACAACUGAAGCCUUUCCUGGAGGGCAUAUCAGGUUUCUCUGAAAGUGCAAUUCCAGUGCUUUCAGCAUCGUAUAGUUUAGAGCGCUGUCUGGCUAAUAUAAUCAAUUCUACGAGUGGUGAGAGCAAACCAUUGCCUAUCACCAAUUAUCUUGAUCCUUACCAGAUAAGACCUGUUUCUGCUCCACUCAUUCUUCAUUUGGUGAAUGUUAGACACGAGAAGAUCUUGGGAUGGACAGAACGUGCUAUUCUUAUAGAGAACUGGGAGCCUUUGUCAUCUCAACAGAAGCAAGCAAGUUCUGUUAUUGAAGUAUUUCGAAUCAUUCAGGAGGCUAUUGAUCAAUUCUUUGAUUUGAUCCUUCCCAUGGAGACCAUCCACUUGCGAUCUUUACUUAUUGGGGUUGUUAGAAGCCUUGAAGCUUAUUUACAGCACAUAAUCAGCCACCAAGUACAUCGGGACCAACUUGAAGAAUUGGAAGCUUCCAUAAAGCAGUCUUGGGUGGCUAUUCAAACUGCGGAUCAUCAUAUUUAUGGAAGAUCAGAGGAAGAAUUAACGUCCUCUAGGGAAUCAGUUGAUGAACUGUUUACUAUAUUUGAUGACAUUAGAACAAGUGCUAUUGGUGCAAGUAAUGUGAUCCUUGAUUUUAUUGGAGCAAGGGCCAUAUUCUGGGAUAUGAGAGAGACAUUCAUUUAUUUAUUGUACAGAGGUGGUGUCAAAAGAUUUCGUUUGGACACGUUUCUUCCUGAACUAGAUGGGAUACUUGAUCGCAUAUGUGAUUUAAUUAUUGAUGAACUUCGAGAUCAUGUUGUCUUAAGCAUUUGCAGAGCAUCAAUGGCUGGUUAUAUUUGGGUGAUGCUGGAUGGAGGUCCUUCUCGUGCUUUCUCUCACACAGAUGUAGAAAUUUUACAUGAAGAUCUAAAUAUGCUAAAGGAUCUUUUUGAAGCAAAUGGUCAAGGUAUCCAUUAUGAUGUCAUUAAGGAAGAAGCAAAACAAACUGAAGAGAUCUUAGAAUUGUACAGCAUGAAGGCUGAAGCAAUUAUUGAUAAGUUGAUUAAUUCAAGUAAACAAACUUAUCAUCAACAUGAUCACAAGAAACCUGGAAACAGAGGCGCAAAAGAUGCUGAUACUUUCCUGAGGGUGCUGUGUCAUAUGAAGGACGAAAAUGCUUCUGAAUUUUUAAGAGUUCGAUAUCAGCUUCCCAAGUCUUCAGACUACGAGGAAACUUAUGGACGUGAGAAGGAACAAACACUAAAAUCACCUUUUCUAUCAGAAAUUCUCAAAGGAAACGGUGCUUCAAAUGGGUGGGCAGAAACUGGGCAGAGAAGUUUCAGGAUUAUGAAGAAAAAAAUUCAGGAGGCUACUUCUGAAAUCAGGCAGACACAGUGUAAUCUGCAUGGGGAGCCUCAAUAAGCGGCGUACAUAAAUAGCUAUAAAAUGAUACAUGCAUGAAUGCCAGCAAGAAGUAUUACUGUUUCAAGCUAAAGAGAGCUAACCAGAAACGUCUUGAGAAGAAGAUCACCGAA